UGGGAAGUCCACGCAUGCUGGGAGACGGCAAGAAAGGGCGAGCGGUUCGGGAAGGAAGAGCGAAACGGAGGAACUGAGGGCAGUAUGCUGUUCCACGUCGGCGGAGGCGGCGUUGCGGCGGCGGCGGGCCGGAUGCUGGUGCGGUAUUUCUCUCGGAAGCGCAGCCCGGACCUUCGGAGGAUAAGCCCCAAGGUGCCCAGAGAGGAGGCGAAGACCAUCUCCAAAGGCCUCUACGAUAUCCUCAAGGACCAUGGCCCCCUGACUGUCUCCAACACUUGGGACUACGCGAAGGAAGCUGGCAUCAACGGCCUGAAUAGCAAAACCCAUAUGAAGAUCUUGCUAAAAUGGAUGACAGGACGAAAGAUGGUCAAACUGUCAUGUACUCACAUUGGUUCAGCCAAAAAGUUCCAUUAUUCAAUUCUGCCUGAGGAGCCGCGUUCUGCUGAACAAAUAAGUUCUCCAUCACCGAUAUCUCAGAGCACAAAACCUUCAAUGCAGGGAAAAAGGCUGGCUAAAAUAACCAACUGAGAAGCAAGGUGAAGCUUUAUGCUGAGUGCCGCUAGGUUGGAUAGUCAACUAAUAUCAGCCUUCCUUGUGUAUUGCUAUCUCACAACCAAGACAAAACCUAAGUUCCUAUUUUGUGGUGUUUGCGGUAAAUCUCAUGUCAACUGACCGUAUAUUGUUUCUCAUGGUUGCCCUUUAAAUUUUGACUGUGAGGCUAUUUGAACGAUAUGAUGAAAUUCAUUAAUCAUUUUAUGAAUUUCAUGAUUGCUAUAGAUUUUGAUUUGAUUA